CAACAAUGUCCCCGAGGGCUCACUUGUGGUUUCUAGGUAUGCGUCAACCUGUAUUUUUUUGUUGUUGUUGAAAUGUUCAGAUGCAUGAUCUACCUGCUUGUCUUGGCUUGCUCAACAACUCACUUCAAAAUUGACGUUGCCUCUUGUCGUGCGAAUCAUCUGGCAACCCUUUUUAGAAAAGUCCAGUGUGUUCAGAAGACAACUGGAAAGUCUGGAAAAGCCACAAAGACAUUUUACAGUUCAGCUUUGAAAACAGUCUCACGACCAUGACCAUGUCCAUGACGGAGUACAAGCUGGAAGUAACGACGGGCCAGCGGGAAUGCGCAGGAACCUUUGACCACAUUCUCGUCACCUUGAUCGGAAGCCAAGGGCAAAGCGAUAAGACCGACUUGGACAACUGGGGCAUUGACUUCAAGACUGGGAUGAAUGACACGUACACCGUCAAAACCAAAGCGUCUCUGGGGAAACUUCUGCUGGUGAAGGUGGAGAAGAACCCUCGGUUUUUGGUCGGCGACGACGAGUGGUUCUGCUCGAAGAUAACCGUGAGCACCCCUGAGGGGGAGAGUCUGCUUUUCCCGUGUUAUCAAUGGCUUUCCAACAACGAGGUGGUGGAGCUGAGAGGUGGAAAAGCUAUGAAGGCGUCCGAAGACGAGCAACCGUUGCUGAUCGAGCACCGCCGAAAGGAGCUGGCGUCAAAGAAGAGCAACUUUCAAUGGGCCUCGAGCAACGAAAAACUUCCUCAACACAGCUCGUUUAGUUCCAAAAACGUUCCCGCUGAAAUCCGCAUGUCAAAGUCGCGAAUUAAAGAAUUUGAGUCUGCCUUAUCUUCGGGGGCUUUGGAGCUCAAGUGGAAGGGGAUGCUCGGAAAUGAAAAAAGCUGGAAAACUAUUGAAGACAUAAAAACAAUCUUCAACGACAGAAAAACAGAAAUGUCAGAGUACGUCGCCGAGCACUGGAAGGAAGACGACUUUUAUGGUUCCCAGUUCCUGAACGGCAUCAACCCCUGCUUGAUAAGAUGCUGCUCAGAACUUCCUCCAAACUUCAAAGUCAGAGAGGAAAUGGUGAAGCCGUACCUGGAGAUCGGAAUGCCUCUGUACAACGAGUUCAUGAGAGGGAACAUGUUCCUCUACGACCUGAAAAUUCUAAGUGGAAUACCUGGGAAACUCUAUCACGGGAAGGAACUCCAAGUGCCCGCCCCUCUCUGUCUCUUGUACCUGAACCCCGAGAAAAAACUGGUGCCCAUCGCGAUCCAGGUGCAUCAAGAACCUUCCGAGGAAAACCCAAUUUUCCUGCCGAGUGACUCGGAGACGGAUUGGCUCCUCGCCAAGAUAAUCGUGAAAAAUGCCGAGAUGAUGACUCACCAGGCCAUCACCCACCUGAAGAACACUCACUUUUUGUCCGAGGUCUGGGCCAUGAGCCUCCUCCGCAACUUCCCGCUAAUUCAUCCCAUUUACAAGUUAGUGAUGCCUCAUUUCCGCUGGAUUCUACACGUCAACACUCAGGCCCGCGAGCUUCUGUUGGGACCUUCCGGGUCGUUUGCAUUGAGUUCAGUUGGAGUCGACGGCACUCUCGAGCUAAUGGCCCGGGCGCAAGACGAGCUAACGUACACCUCGCUCUGCUUACCGGACGACAUUCGCUCUCGAGGACUCGAGUCCAUCCCCAACUUCUACUACAGAGAUGACGGCCUUAAAAUCUGGGACAUCAUCCACAAAUUCGUGCUGGGUGUAGUCGGACACUACUAUCGUUCAAACAACGAGGUGGUCCAAGACUCGGAGUUGCAAGCAUGGAUCCAGGAGAUCUUCACUCGCUGCUUUUUAGGGAAGAAGUCUUCAGGAUGUCCCGAGGCCUUCCGAAAUGUUCAGGAGGUGGUCAAGUUCAUCACCAUGGUGAUCUUCACGGUCUCAGCUCAGCAUGCUGCAGUCAAUAACGGACAGUUUGACUACCAGAUGUUCGUCCCCAACGGCUCCUUACUGUUGCGCAAGCCGUCUCCAACUGCCAAAGGACAAACCAGCACGGCGACCAUUUUGGAGACGCUCCCGAACAUCGGCGAGACGGUCAUGACGGCAACAAUUCUAUAUGCGCUCACGCUCAACUACUCCGAUUCCGUUCCGCUGGGUUCCUAUCCUGAUGAUCGAUUCCAGGAGCCCGAAGUCAAGCAGAUAAUGAAGCAGUUCCAAGACGACUUGGCCGACCUUAGCAAUGUUAUCAAAGACAGAAACGCAAAGCUCGGAGUGCCGUACAAAUAUUUGGACCCGAGUCAAGUGGACAGCAGCAUUAUUAAGUAAAUUAGCGCUUCUUGAUGGGUGACAAGUAAACACCUGUCUUGCGUAACUUUUUUAUCUUUCAAAAUUACACUUUCUAAGUUGGUGGCGGUAAUCAUAAUCACUAAAAUAUGGGCUCGGACAAUGACCGGUGUUAUAUUACCGUUUUUUUCCAUGUAUAAUGCGGCCCCAUGUAUAAUACGCACCCUAAAAAUGGCAUGUUGGUGCUGGAAAAAAGCCUGUACCCAUGUAUAAUACGCACCCAAUUUUUGACUCCUACUUAAGUCCGUAAACGUAAAAUUAUUUUAAAAAGAUUAUCUUUGGGAACAACCGGAUGUUAUUCUGCCGAUCAGUAUCACUGCGCAUGCGCUAGCAAACUCAAUAGCGAAGAAAUGUUUCGGAUUUGUGAGCAGGUGAUCGAGCAAGCGUCUGAUACGAGAGCAUUGUGUUCGUAUGGAGCGUGUUUGAGAAGCAGCAGAGAAGAAAGCGCAUCUGUAAUGGCGGCCUCGGUAUGAUAUCCGGAUAAAAAAAAAAAAAAAGUAACAAAUAAAAAAAUAAAAUAAAUAAAUAAAUUGUACCCAUGUAUAAUGCGCAGUUGCGCACCCCAGAUUUUAGGAGAAUAAAUUAGUUAAAUUUUGCCCAUUAUACAUAGAAAAAACGGUAGUUGCAAAUGCAAAAAUGAAUCUGUGUAUGUUUGUCUACGCCAGUGACGUUAGUGAUUAAAAAACAAUUAAAGGUUAUUCCACUAGGGGGCAGUAAAUUA